CGCAGCCGCAGUUGGACUCAGCUCACUUUCGUUUUCGCUUCGCACCUCAAGUAAACUUAACUGUGUUAGGCUAGUCCUGGGUACGUUUACGUCGAUCAAACACGCUGAAAACAGAUUUACGCCACAUUUGAACACAACCAACGCAGUCGCUGGUGAAAGAUAUGUCCGGGGAAAAUAAGCGAAAUGACAGCCAUCAGAUAACAACACUCCUCCAACCUGAUAUCCCUGAAAACAGGGAGACCAAACCUAAAAUCCCAGAGAACAGGAAGGACAGCUCAAAGAAGACCAGGUCUUCUGAACCAUCCACGUCUAGAAAUAGCCAUCUUGAGAAAGCAGGUAAGUCAAGCGAAUGCGAGCUCAGGAGGUCGCAGAGCAGUGAAGUCGGCUCGUCGUGCUGUCAGCUGGAGCACCUGAAGAAACUUCCACAAUGUGACCUCAAGCUGGGAAAACUGGGCUUCACAAAGUCUCACAUCGUCCUCAUAGAUGUGAAUGCUUUUCGCUGUGGGGAUAUUCGUCCUCAGGAAGGGAGGGACCUGUGGCAUCACAAAUAUGUCAAGCUGCCGUGUUCACCAUCAAGCUGGUCACCGAAACCAGAUUUUGAAGCGGGUCCUGUGAAAAUAAAGACUGGACCAGGCCAUGUGUCGAGGUGGGGGCUGAUCUCCAAGAAGCUGAGUGCCCUGGCCAGUAAGAAAGCAGCGACGGUCGAGGAGGUCAAGGAAUCUAUCCUCAAAUACAACCCCAGCUAUAAAGGAAAGUGGUCGUUUGAUGCACUAGCAAUGUUGGGGAAGCCAUCUUCUUUUGAAACACACUUUGAAACGCUGUUUCCGAAGAUUGCUGCUUUGGCCUUGAAGCUGCCUGAACAAGUAAAGAAGGCCAUCCCGCUGCUUCAGCACCAGGAACCUGCCUCCAUCACUUUAUCACAGGUUCAGAUCUCAUGUCUGCUCGCUAACGCUUUCUACUGCACCUUCCCUCACCGCAACACCACCAGACCCGAUGCAGAAUACCGCAACUUCCCGUCCAUAAACUUCACCAGAUUGUUUGGAAACCAGUCUGAGCGGAAGACCCAGAAGCUCCAUGCCAUCAUGCAGUACUUCAACGUGGUGACAGAUGAGAAAUCUAAACCAGAGGGACUGGUGACGUUUGAGAGGCGUUGCCUCACUUACGCAGAUGUACCUAAAUGGGAAAAGUGUAAUGAUACAAUGCAAAAACUGCACGUUACAUCAAAGGGCGAAAUCGAGGUUGAAGGUAAAGGGAUGCUUCAGGUGGAUUUUGCUGCCAGCUGGAUUGGCGGGGGUGUUCUGGACUCUGGUCUGGUUCAAGAGGAGAUCCUGUUCCUCAUAAAUCCAGAGCUGAUUGUGUCUCGUCUCUUUACAGAGAAACUUGACGACAACGAGUGCCUCAUCAUUACAGGUACGCAGCAGUUUAGCUGUUACAGUGGUUUUAGUGACAGCUUUAAAUGGAUUGGCCCUUAUGACGAUGACCUUGAGAGAGAUGAGUGGGGUCGGCUGAAGCGGCAGAUUCUGGCUAUUGAUGCGCUACACUUCAGACAUCCCAGAGAUCAGUACAACAUGGCAAAGAUUAGACGGGAACUGAACAAGGCUUACUGUGGUUUUAAAGGCCACCAUGACCAUCAAGAGCCAGACAUUGCCACAGGAAAGUGGGGAUGUGGAGCUUUCAACGGAGACCCAGAACUCAAAGCUGUGAUCCAGCUGAUGGCAGCAGCAAAGGCCAAAAGGGGUUUGGCCUUCUUCACAUUUGGAGAUGAUGAUCUGAGUAGAGGUCUGCAAGAAAUUUACAACCUGCUGGUCGCACAGAACAUGACAGUUGGCCAGCUGUAUGAAUAUCUGGAGGAUUACUGUAUUCAACGUAAACCAAGUUCACGCGAGAGUCUGUUUGACUUCCUCAGAAACACCAUCAUAAACAUCCGGAGUCUGCUCUAAGGAAUUCUGUUCUAUUUGCACGAAACACUGAAGGAAUUAAUUUUUAAUAAACAAGAAGGAGAAAGUAAAUCAUAUUUCUAAAGAUAAGCUUUUUGCACGUUUUUACACUACAGCAGUGAUCAAGAACAAACAACAGGCAUUAAGCCAGUAAAGUGUUUAACCAAGACAGCAUCAAGACUCUUAGAUGCUGCCAGAGCCUGAGUGACUAAAUAUCCCAUCGCUAAUAGCCACUGAAUAUUUGCUCCUUCUGAUAAAUGGAUCCUGAUUUCUUCUUGGUUCUGUCUGUACUAAACUGUGAGUGUACUGUAAUAUCCUGUGUUAUCCAGAUGUUUUUGGAUUUACUGUUAGAGAGUUUACAGAAUAAACCAAACUAGAACCGGU